CUGUCAUGUAAUAUGUCAAAACAAACAUUUGUUAUUUAUUAAAUAACCUCUAAAUUCUCUUAAAUGAGAAGCUAAUUUUACUGAGCCAGUUGUAAAGGUCUCCUAAAUUUGUUUCAGAAAUCAACAAAAUGACGGAGCAAUCGCAGAUACGUGCUUUUUACGCGAAAAAAAACUUCUUCAUUACCGGCGGCACAGGUUUCGUGGGGCUAUGCCUAAUAGAAAAGAUAUUACGAAGUAUACCAGAUGUUGGGAACCUAUACUUGCUAAUGCGACCGAAGAAAGGGAAGGAGAUCUCAGAAAGACUGGAGGAGUUCCCAAGCAAUCCUAUCUUCGAAAAACUUCUAGAAACAGAAUCCAAAAACAUCUUUAGUAAACUGAUUCCUAUAUCCGGAGAUGUGGGUUCAGAAGACCUGGGCUUAAGCGUCGAGGAUAGACAGGUUUUGACAGAAAACGUUAAUGUGGUGAUACAUUCUGCGGCUACUUUAGACUUUGAAGAGAACUUGAGACCAACUGUCAACAUAAAUGUUUUGGGUACAAGAAGGAUAAUGCAGUUGUGUAAGCAGAUUAAAAAUUUAAAGGUCAUGGUUCAUGUAUCUUCAGCCUUCGUGAACUCAUACUUAACCGAGGCUCAUGAAAGGGUCUACGAUGCUCCAGCUGAAGUUGAGAGUAUCAUCAAUGUGGCGCAGAAACUUACAGACCAGGCACUAAACGAUAUUGAGAGGACCCUCUUGAAAAACCACCCAAACACCUACACGUUCACGAAGCACCUCGCGGAACAUGAAGUUAAGGAUUGCUCCGACAUGUUCCCUUGCACCAUCGUUAGACCCACUAUGAUUGUAGCAUCUUGGAAGGAGCCUGUACCAGGAUGGACUUGUUCUAAAGUCGGACCCCAAGGCUUUCUUAUGGGUGCUGCUAAAGGUGUGGUCCGUCGAUUGCCACUGGCGAAGGAAAACAUCGCUGACUACAUUCCGGUGGACGUAGUCGUUAACCAGUUACUGGUAGCUGGGUGGCACGCAGCGACGGAAAAGCCCGGGCUCACAGUGUACCACUGUUCGUCGUCCACACACAAACCGUUCCGCUGGUCGAUGCUGGAGCCAGUUGUCAAUAACAUGCUUCACAACUACCCACUCAAGAGCGCUGUCUGGUACCCUCACUUGGACUUCGUUUCAUCUCUGUGGUUGUUCAGAGUGUCGGCGAUAUUCGUUCACUUCUUCCCCGCCAUUUUGUUGGACCUGCUGCUGAGGGUAACUGGCGGGAGACCAAUUCUGUUCCGAUUACACAAAAACGUAUGGAACUCUCUAAACCGAUUGGAGACAUUCAUAUUCACGGAGUGGAGGUUCUACAAUGAGAACACUAGAGAAUUGGCUGAGAAACUGAAUAAAACCGACUCGGAAUUGUUCUUCAUUAAUAUAUCCAGUAUUAUGUGGGAGGAAUACUUCGUAAAUCUACACUUGGGCGUGAGGAAAUAUCUGAACAAGGAGAGUGAGAAAUCACUGCCGGCUGCCAGAAGUAAACAGACUGUGUUACUAGCGGUGCAUAUAAUCUGGCAAGCAUUAGUGAUAUCGCUGUUGUGGUAUAUAUUUGCAAGCAUCACCGGGUUUGGUAUGAUUCUCACCGCGUGGGCACCUCCAGUUAUUUAUUUUGUAUACAGCUUCCUAUAAUAGGUAAAUGUAACAAAACUUAUCUGUAAAAGUAUUAAAAUUAUAAAUCUCUACUAAAUUAAGGUAAUUAAUAAAAUAUAAACAAUUUGGUUUACAAAAAAUAAAAUUAACGAAUUAGUAAAUUGUUGUACGAGUAUGGUAUAUUGAAUUGUAUAGCGCGCGAGCUGGAAGCGAGCACGAUAAGGAAGCCGAGUAUACGAUCUAUGCAUACGCGUUUCAUACGUCGUUUUUCAUGACAUUUCUGAGGAAAUGGAGGCUAAACUUACAAAAUGUUCUCGAAUAUUAACUGUAAAUUUUUGCUGAUUUCCCAUUGUAUGGAUGUUGGCCAGCAUGGUGGAUUCACACAUUUUCCAUUCUGAGAGGAGACAUAGUGGACCGGUAAUGUAACACAGUUUGAGUAAUUUUACCUUCAUAUUAUAUAUGUUUAAAUUUAUUGAUAGAUGCAAGUUUUAUUAAAAUAAAAUCUCAAGAU